AUGUCCUGCUGCUCCUACAGCAUCAGCUCCGGCCAUGCCAUCAGGAAUUUCAGCUCUUCUUCUGCAGCUCUUCCCAGGAAUCGAUGUAGUUUCAGCACUGCAUUGUGUCACUGGGGUGGGGGCAGGGGCUACUGCGGUUUGGGUUACUUCAGCAGCAGAAGUCUUGAUGGCAUAGCAUUCUCCAGGCCCAGAAUAGCUGUUGGAAGAUGUCCUCCUCCAAGAAGUGGAUAUGGCUUUGGUGCAGCUGGCACACGGUUCAGCUACAGAGGUGCUGGAUUUGGCUACAGGGUUGGUGGAGUCUCCAGGCCAUGCACCAUCACACCCAUCACCAUCAACAAGCAACUGCUCCAACCGCUCAGACUGGAACUCGAUCCCAACAUGCAAACGGUGAAAUACCAAGAGAAGGAGCAGAUCAAGACCCUCAACAACAAAUUUGCUUCUUUCAUUGACAAGGUUCGAUUCCUGGAACAGCAGAAUAAGGUGCUGGAGACCAAGUGGAGCUUUCUGCAGGGUCAAAACCACUGCAAGAAUACCAUCAUGCCCAUGUUAGAGGCUUAUAUUGGUAACUUGAAGAAGCAGCUGGAAACACUGGGGUGCAACAGAGCCCAGUUAGAAACAGAUCUGAAAGCAGCACAGAAGGUUCUGGAAACCAACAAGAAAAUGUACAAGGACGAAUGCAGCCAGCAGACGUGCACCGGGAGUGAGUUUAUUGCCCUGAAGAAGGACGUGGACUGUUUUUUCUUAAACAAAGCAGAGCUGGAGGCCAAGGUGGAAAGCCUGAAAGAAGAGGUUGAAUUCCUGAGAAUGUUCUACGACGAGGAAAUCCACCAGCUGCGGGCCCAGAUCUUAGAUACAUCGGUGGUUGUGCAGAUGGACAACAGCCAGGAUGUCGACUUGAAUGGCGUCAUUGCAGACGUCAAGGCUCAGUAUGAGGACGUUGCCCACAGGAGCUGGGCAGAAGCGCAGGCCUGGUAUGAAAGCAAGUUUCAGGAGCUGCAAGUCACUGCAGGCAGAAACGCUGACAGUCUGCGAGACACAAAAAACAAGAUAGCUGAGCUGACACGGAUAAUCCAGAGACUGAACGGAGAAGUCAGGAGCGCCAAGGACCAGUGCUGCAAGCUGGAAGCCGCCAUGGCCAAUGCUGAGCAGCGUGGGGAAAUGACCAUCAAGGAUGCAAAACACAAACUCUCCGAGCUGGAGACAGCCCUCCAGCAGACCAAGGCAAACCUGACCCGUCAGCUCCGCGAGUACCAAGAGCUCACGAACGUCAAGCUGGCCCUGGACAUCGAGAUCGUCACAUACAGGAAGCUGCUGGAGGGAGAAGAGAGCAGGCUCUGUGCAGAAGGCAGCUUCCCCAUCAAUAUCUCUGUCUGCCAUUUGCAGGGAGGUCUCCCCUGUGGCCCAGAGCCUGGCUUUGCAAGCACCCAUGCAUCAGCCAACAGAAACUCGUGCUGGACCAGCAGUGGGGGGGUCUGCGGCACAGCAGUGAGCUGCAGCGACCGUGUUAGCGCCGGAAGCUCUCACAUGAAGGUGGUGUCCAUGAUGAAAUCAGCCAGGAGCAACAUGUAA